GAACCCUAACCCCCAUUUGGUCUUGGCGUUGGAAACGGUAGGGAGUGCUAGAGCGCCGGAGGCCGGGAAGGGAGAAGAAGAUGGUGAAGUUUUUGAAGCAGAACAAGGCGGUGGUCCUACUCCAAGGGCGGUUCGCUGGCCGGAAGGCGGUGAUCGUUCGGCCGUUUGACGACGGGACGCGCGACCGCGGCUAUGGCCACUGCCUCGUCGCGGGGCUCAUCAAGUACCCGAAGAAGGUCAUAAGGAAGGACUCGGCGAAGAAAACGGCCAAGAAGUCGCGGUUGAAGGUCUUCAUGAAGCUUGUCAACUACAACCACAUCAUGCCCACUCGCUACACUCUCGACGUAGAUCUCAAGGACGUUGUCACCCUCGACGCCCUUCAGUCCCGCGACAAGAAGAUCACCGCCGCCAAGGAGGCGAAGUCUCGGCUGGAGGAAAGGUUCAAGUCCGGCAAGAACAGGUGGUUCUUCACCAAGCUCCGGUUCUGAAGCGGCGGCCCCUUUCAUCCUUGUUAUUCUCUUCUGAAUUCUCAUUUUUGCUGUUCCUUCGGCCGGAUCGUCAAGUUUCAAGGCGGUGAACACUUGGAUAUGUUAAAUUUUAAAUGGUCAUCAGGGUUUGACGUUUCCGUUUGGAUUUUGAUCAAUUUUCUUAGCAGAUAUCUUGUUUUUCAGGGAUUUUUUGACAUUUAUCUAUCGGUAAUUGUGCAAACGAAAAACGAGAUCUUAGGCUAUUUUUAUUAUUAUGAUCUUGGGCGGGUGAAAUGGCAACUAUUUCGCGAUAAGUGCUGGUUCAAUGUAGUCUGGUAUGGCGUUAUUAAUAUUACCUUUUGGAAUUUGGAUUGGAACUUGUGUUUGAGUU